AUGGAAUUUGAAGAUUUAAAUAAUACAUUUUUAUAUAUAAAUAAUCCAUUUGUUUAUCCUUUUUAUUCUAAUAAUACUAUUGAAUUUGAUAAUACAAAUUUUGAUUUAAAUUCUAUUUGUUAUGAUAAUUUCAAUUUUACAAAUAUUUGGAUUAAUAAAUAUCAUAACAUUAUGUUUUGUGGUACAUUUGAUUAUUUACAUUUUGGACAUAAAUUAUUAUUAUUAUCAGCAUAUUUGUCUUGUAAAAAAAAAUUAUCUAUUGGUAUAUCUACUGGAAAUUUAUUAAAAAAUAAAUCAAAUUCACAUAAAAUACAACAUAUUUCUAAACGAAUUAAUUAUCUUAAUUAUUAUCUUAAUUUACUUAUUCAUAAUAUUCCCGUUACGGUGCUUGGUCCAACAGACAGUACAACCACUGAGGUUAAUACUAAUACUGAGGGAACUAGUAAUACUAAUAGUACUGAGGAUAGUAAGGAUAGUGGUACCGUAGGACCAAGCACCGUAACUCAGGGAAAGGGAGCUAAUUCUACAGCUAUGGAGUGUACUAGUGAUAUUAAUGGUAUUAAUAUUGAUGGUAUCAUAUUGGAUUAUAAUAUAGAUUUUAAUAUAUUUGAUUAUGAACAAACUUCAAAUACUAUGGAAACUUCAAAUACUAUGGAAACACCAAAUCCUAUGGAAACUUCAAAUACUAUGGAAACUUCAAAUACUAUGGAAAUUCCCAAUCCUUUGGAAACACCAAAUCCUUUGGAAACACCAAAUCCUUUGGAAACUCCAAAUACUCCUGAAAUAAAUCCCAAUAUUGAUUUUGUCAGUAAUCUAAAAUUUUCCUCUCUAUCAACCACUACUGUGGAUUUGGAAAUAUUUGAAUUAGAAGAUAUAAUAGGACCAUCAUGUAUAAUAAAAGAAAAAUUUGGAUUAUUAGUAACACCAGAAAUUAUAAAUAAUGCAUUAAAAAUUAAUUUACAAAGAAAACAAUUUAAUUUAAUACAAUGGGAUCUUAUUACUAUAGGACUUGUAUGUUAUUAUUAUAAUAAUAAUUACAUUAAACUUUCUUCAACAACUAUUAGAAAUCUUUAA